CCCACACCCGGGCCUAGUGCCCGCCUCGGUGGGCCUGGCUCUGGUUCCUGCCCCGACACGGCAGCCAGCCCCGCCUCCUUCCUGUCCCCUCGGGCAUUGAGGGUGCACAGGGCGGGACAUGGGUGACCGGAAGUGGGAGCUAUGAGCGUCGCUGCCCCGGGCGCCGAGGCUCGAGGCGCCGUCGGGGCCGCCGCGACGCACGCAUGGAGAACGAUGGGCGCCGGGCUUCGUACCGACGGCUAGCCGGGUCGCACGGGCUCUGCGGGGCGGGGACUGUGCCGCACCGACCGACCUCCCCGGGCGCGGGAACAUGAGGCCAGGCCUGGAGCUCACUGCAGGCGAGGCGCGCGGUGCGCGGGCCUGCCCUGUUCGCGGGUGAACUGCCCGGCGCUCCGGGAAUCGCCCGGUCCGUGUCCACAGCGCCAUGGUCUUCUGUCUGGAGAACACGGAGCCGCGCCACCCCCGGCGAAGCACCAUGGUCCACCUCCAGGCCUCGGAAGUCCAACAGCUGCUACACAACAAGUUCGUGGUCAUCUUGGGGGACUCAAUCCAGCGAGCUGUGUACAAGGACCUGGUGCUCCUGCUCCAGAAAGACUCGCUGCUCACAGCCGCCCAGCUGAAAGCCAAGGGGGAACUGAGCUUUGAACAGGACCAGCUGGUGGCUGGGGGUCAGCUGGGCGAGCUGCACAACGGGACACAGUACCGAGAGGUCCGCCAGUUCUGCUCGGGUUCUGGCCACCACCUUGUGCGCUUCUACUUCCUCACCCGAGUUUACUCCGAGUACCUGGAGGGCGUCCUGGAGGAGCUGACCUACGGGCCUACUCCGGACCUGGUGAUCAUCAACUCCUGCCUCUGGGAUCUGUCCAGGUAUGGCCGCUUCUCAAUGGAGAGUUAUCGAGAGAACCUGGAGCGGGUGUUCAUGCGCAUGGACCAGGUGUUGCCAGACUCCUGCCUGCUGGUGUGGAAUAUGGCAAUGCCCCUGGGAGAGCGUGUCACUGGGGGCUUCCUUCUGCCUGAGCUCCAGCCCCUGGCGGCCUCUCUGCGUAGGGAUGUGGUUGAAGGGAACUUCUACAGUGCCACGCUGGCUGGGGACCACUGCUUCGACGUCCUGGACCUCCACUUUCAUUUCCGGCAUGCAGUACGGCACCGGCACCGGGACGGUGUCCAUUGGGACCAGCAUGCCCACCGACAUCUCUCACACUUGCUUCUGACCCAUGUGGCUGACGCCUGGGGUGUGGAGCUGCCCAAGCGUGACUACACCCCUGACCCAUGGAUUGAGGACUGGCCAGAGCCGGAUCAUCUGUUCCAGGGGAGCCAGGGGCAGCCCCCAGACUUUGGGGAGCAGCUGGCCUUGCCCCCACCUUCUCCCUUGCCCCCUCCCAUGCCUUUUCUCUACCCGCUUCCUCAGCCCUCCCCACCUCCCUUGUUCCCACCCCUGCCCCAGGAUGCCCCUUUCUUCCCAUGCCAGCCCUUCCCACCCCAUGAAUUCUUCAAUUAUAAUACAACGGAAGACUUCUCAGUGCCACCCCAUUUAGGAUGUGGCCCUGGAGUGAACUUUGUGCCUGGUCCACUGCCACCUCCAGUUUCUGGCCCUCUCCCCCAUGGUCAGCACCGGGGCCCGGUGGUCCACCGGGGAAUGCCACGCUGUGUUCCCAGCAGCCCCUACCAUGUGCCGAGGAUGGGGGGACCCUGCAGGCAGCGGCUCAGACAUUCAGACAGACUGGUCCACACAUACAAACUGGACAGGCGGCUUCCGGCACAUUCGGGGACAUGGCCGGGGUAGACUGGACCUUGGGCUGGGGCUGGAUGUGCCAAUGGCCCUGCAGGGCCUGCCUGCCACCCAGGUGCUGGGCCAUGGUGUUGCUGUGCCUGGCAUUGUUCUUGUCCAUUGCUGUCACCAAUAAAGGCCUGGAAGAACA